AACAAUUGUUAAAACUGUAGUGUGAAAGGUGUGGGAACCCAGUAUCCAGAAGUCAGGAAAUGGUAGACUAAAGAUGAGAGUUCGCUGCAGACUCUUUGGCACAAACUGGCUAAGUCAAAUUUUAACUGACCUGGUAACCGUAUCUCAAAAGAAAACACAGGAUAGAGAAAGCAGUGUGAAUGAUGAAGAACUAGAGGAAUUCCCCUACCUUGAAUUUGGAGAUGCCGAGAAAUAUGAGAGAAUGACCAAAUUACCUUCUCCAAGAUUUAUAGCUUCUCACCUCCAUCCUGAAAACCUUCCCAAGUCUAUCUUCAAAAAUAAAGUCAAGAUAUUGUUAUUGAUUCGUAACCCAAAGGAUGUAGCAACAUCUUUUUACCAUUUUUCAAAUGGCCUGGCUACUCUUCCUUCCUAUGAGACCUGGGAUGAUUUCUUCACAGAUUUCAUGUCAAAGAGAAGUACAGUAUAUUAUUCUGUGUGUCUAUUAUUCAAUGUUUUUGACUGGAAGAAUCUUUUCAGUGAAGAUCAGAAUGAGAAAAUGGACAAAGCAUUUGAAGAAUAUGUAGGAGGAACUAAACUGGGAAAAAAGUUAAAGUAUGAAGUGUACUGUAAAGCCUGAAAAGU